CCGCCCGGAUGUGGAAAGAUAUUGAAAGCGAAGGAGAGCAAGCAAUUCCUUAUCGACAAAUUGGGAUUUCCUUCGGGCGUCAGAGAUGAAUUCAUGUUCUGCAAUUACUGGAUAGAAGUCUACGCUCAUGAUGCUGCCAGUCUAGGAGAGUUCUGCUCACCGAAUGAUCGUAACACAGUGCUUGUUUCGGCCUCAAAUCGUGUACCUGUGAUCACGUUCAACAGAUCCGGUCAACAACAGAUUAUUUUGGAAUACAAGAUUGUUUCAUAG